CAACAAAAAUCUUUGUUAACUGAAGACGCAUAGCACUUUGUAGACGAAAAAUGUGUGACUGCGGUUUGCUAAGUUACUAUGUCUAGUUGAGUCUAUAGCACUUCGAACUUAAGAAGAGAUACCAUUUGUUAAUUACACUUCAAGCAGCUCUACGUCACUUUGAUUGAAUUACUACAGCUUAUAUGCUACACAGUAGCCUAGCGCGAUUUGUGAGUUUUUUAAGACAAUAUCUUCAUGAAGGUUGUAUAACAACGGAACGACGAUAUCACCGUUUUCUUCGGACUUUGACAAUGUGGAUCGAAAUAUGACUGACGAAGGCUGUGGGUAGUUUGUUUUGGGUUUGGUUUGAAAUGCGCGUGCGGCAAAGUGCGUGCUAGAGUAUACGAAAUAAAGAAGCGUAAAGCACAGUGACGCAGCUUUGCAUCGUAAAUGUGUUGUACGUGAAUUCGGUCACCUUUUCUGACUGAGUUUCGUCACAAGAAAUAAAUGUAGUGGUUUACUACGAAUGGAAGUUAACAAUUAGAUUGUGUGACCAGCUUUACCAAUUUUCAGACUCGAUAGCGUUUGAAUAUGAAAGCUGUAAGAAUUCAUAAAUUUGGAAGUAAAGAUGCGCUUAAGCUGGAGACAGUGCCCAUACCAGAAGUUGGCGAAUCCGAAGUUCUCGUGCGUGUUAAUGCUGCUGGUAUUAACCCUGUCGACACUUACAUCAGGGAAGGAUCAUUUGCUGUUCUGCCGACACUUCCAGCCAUACUGGGCAAAGAGGCAGCAGGCGUUGUUGAGAAAGUAGGAGAUGGAGUCCAAGGUUUAAAGGAAGGGGAUAGAGUAUUCACAUGCUUGCCAGAUAAUGGAGGCUAUGCAGAAUAUGUUACGUGCAAGAAAAACUAUGUCUUCCCGCUCUCAGAAAGGCUGUCAUUUAGUCAAGGUGCAGGGCUAUAUGUGCCAUACUUUACAGCAUAUAGAGCUUUGGUGACUAAGUGUCGCAUUAAACCGGGAGAAGUCCUUCUAAUUCAUGGUGCAAGUGGUGCAGUUGGAAUUGCAGCAUUACAGUUGGCCAAAGCAUGUGGAGUUUCUGUCGUUGGCACGGCUGGAACAUUGGAAGGCAUGGAACUAGUAAAGAGUCUGGGAGCCGACUUCGUGUUUAAUCAUAAAGAAAAGGGUUAUCUCAACAAUGCCGUAGCUGCAAUAGGAGGGCAAGGAUUCAAUGUUGUUUUGGAAAAUCUUGCUAAUAUUAACCUUGGUGCCGACCUCACAGUUCUGAAUCAACAAGCAAGAGUUGCUGUUGUAGGUUCUCGUGGAUCAGUUGAAGUGAAUCCUCGUUCACUCAUGCUGACUGAAAGUACCAUCAUAGGUGUUAAGCUGAUGGGGAAUACAGAGGAAGAACAUUUGGAGGCUGCUGAUGUAAUUCUGAAAGGAAUUGAAGAUGGAUGGGUUAAACCUAUAAUUGCCAGAGAAUAUGCACUUGAGGAAGCUUCCCAAGCUCAUCAUGACAUUAUUCAUAAUAAGGGUGCUAGAGGGAAACUUGUUUUCAAGGUGUGAGUUUUGUAAAAUGGAAAUUUACUUUACAGUACCCUAAAGAUAUUAAAUGCAAACAGUUUGCUCAGCGUUAAUCAUACCAAUUUGAACUCUUUAUGUUCCUGCAUGUGGCUUUUAUAGAGAAUGAGUUCAGUUUAUGGCAGUAUUGAAUACUUUAUGUAAUACAUUUUAGUUUCUAAAGCAACAGGUUAUUUUGGAUUACAUCAUUGGAGAUACUUACAGAUAUUAAUUUACAACGCAUUUGACAUAAAUUAGUAUUUGUAAUGUCUCUAUUGAAACCAGUCUAUACUGUUACUGUUGGAGAAGUUCUGAACAUUGCUUCAGUGGCAAAACUUGGGACUGGAUAAUUGUUGAAAUAAUUGUAUGGUCCUUAAGUAUUGAAGGAAGACUUUAAGAUUACAGAAUUAGUUUUUCAUUCUUAAAAGAAAAAUGCAUCAGUCAAAUCUUUUUUUUUGGGGGGGGGGGCGUACUGUAAAGUAAAUGUGUAUCAUAGUAAUUUAUUGUUUGAUUUAUAUGACUUCUGUGCCUCUUGAAUGUUUUUUGUUAUAGAUAUGCUUUGUAAAAGAUCAACUUAUUAUUAUACAUUUGGACAAAGCAUUUUAUGUUAUUCUGGCAAAAGUCAGUUGUCAGUUUGGAACAUAUUUUUUUAUUGUGAUAUAUUAAUUGAAGAUAAAGAAAGAAAAUAUUAAACAUUUACAGUUACACAGUGAUAAACAAGCUACUGCAUGCACUGCAUAUCAUGGAUUACAUGAAUGCUGUAAUACAUCACUGCACAUAUGAUCCUGCACAAUUAAUCAUUGGAACAUUUUUAAUUAUUUGUGUGUUCAGAAUGAAGGACAAGUGUGGUUACUUCAUAUUAAUAAUCUUUAUCCAGGCCUAUAUGUUGAGGAGUGUAAAAUGGAAACAUUUGUGAUGUAAUACGGAGUUCCCAAUGCAACCCAGUUUUCAUUCAGAUUUUCAUGAUCUCGUAUACAUUAGUGAUGAAAGUCUUCGUCAUAAGUGAGCAGACAUUUGAGAAAAUUCAUGGAAAAACUGGUAUAUUUAACCAGUAUGUUUGCACUAAAGCACCAUCAUGCGAUGGAAUGCCUGUGGACUCAUUUUAUUAAAUAGGCUGGGAAGUGUAUAUUUGUUUGAUGCACAUUAAACAGAAAUAAAUAUUUAAGUAUUUUUUACACAACAGUAUUGCUUAACCUUUAUUGUGAUCUGUGAGCUUUAAAAAUGUCAGAAUUGUGACUGAUAGAAUGGCAAUUGUUUGCAGUGCUCAGAAGUUCUUGUUUAAACAUAUUUUGUUAGUUGCCUGUGCAUUUAUGCGUGGCAUUUGGUCAAGACAGCUGCUAUGUAUUGUAAUGUUUUACUACUGUUAAUAAAUACAUUCCUUAAAUAA